CCGCUGUGCUGCUAAACAGUAUGCAGUCCUUUCGGGAGCAAAGCAGUUACCACGGAAACCAGCAGAGCUACCCGCAGGAGGUACACAGCUCAUCCCGGAUAGAAGAGUUCAGCCCUCGUCAGGCCCAGAUGUUCCAGAAUUUUGGCGGUGGAAGUGGUGGGAGCAGCAGCGGCGGCGGCAGCAGUAGCAGUAGUAGUAGUGGACGGCGAGGGGCAGCAGCUGCUGCAGCAGCUAUGGCUAGUGAAACCUCUGGCCAUCAAGGCUACCAGGGGUUUCGGAAAGAAGCUGGUGAUUUCUACUAUAUGGCAGGCAACAAAGACCCCGUGGCAACAGGAACCCCACAGCCUCCUCAGCGAAGGCCUUCUGGGCCUGUGCAGAGCUAUGGGCCCCCCCAGGGAAGCAGCUUUGGCAAUCAGUAUGGGAGUGAGGGUCAUGUGGGCCAGUUCCAAGCACAGCACUCGGCCCUUGGUGGUGUGUCUCAUUAUCAGCAGGAUUACACAGGGCCUUUCUCUCCGGGGAGUGCUCAGUACCAGCAGCAGGCUUCCAGCCAGCAGCAGCAACAGCAGCAAGUACAGCAGUUGAGACAGCAGCUUUACCAAUCCCAUCAGCCUCUGCCACAAGCCACUGGUCAGCCCUCCUCUGGCUCGUCCCACCUACAGCCAAUGCAGCGGCCCUCAACGCUGCCUUCCUCUGCAACUGGUUACCAGUUAAGAGUGGGUCAGUUUGGCCAGCACUACCAGUCUUCUGCCUCUUCCUCCUCCUCCUCCUCCUUCCCAUCACCGCAGCGUUUUAGCCAGUCUGGCCAGGGCUACGAUGGCAGUUACAGUGUGAAUGCCGGUGCCCAGUAUGAGGGCCAUAACGUGGGCUCGAACACACAGGCUUAUGGAACACAAUCCAAUUACAGCUAUCAGCCUCAGUCUAUGAAAAAUUUUGAGCAGGCAAAGAUCCCACAAGGGAGUCAGCAGGGACAGCAACCCCAGCAGCAGCAGCAGCAGCAGCAGCAGCAGCAGCAGCCCCAGCAGCAGCACCCGCAGCAUGUGAUGCAGUAUACUAACACUGCCACAAAGUUGCCCCUGCAGAGCCAGGUGGGGCAGUAUAACCAGCCCGAAGUUCCUGUGCGGUCCCCCAUGCAAUUCCAUCAGAACUUCAGCCCGAUUUCAAACCCUUCUCCUGCUGCCUCUGUGGUUCAAUCUCCAAGCUGCAGCUCCACCCCGUCGCCGCUCAUGCAAAGUGGGGAGAAUCUCCAAUGUGGGCAAGGCAGCGUGCCCAUGGGCUCCAGAAACAGAAUUUUACAGUUAAUGCCGCAACUCAGUCCCACCCCUUCAAUGAUGCCCAGUCCCAACUCCCAUGCUGCAGGCUUCAAGGGAUUCGGACUAGAAGGUGUGCCAGAAAAGCGACUGACAGAUCCCGGGCUGAGCAGUUUGAGCGCCCUGAGUACCCAAGUGGCUAACCUUCCCAAUACUGUCCAGCACAUGCUGCUCUCGGAUGCCCUGACACCUCAGAAGAAGACCUCCAAGAGGUCCUCCUCCUCUUCUAAGAAAGCAGACAGUUGCACCAACUCCGAAGGCUCCUCCCAGCCCGAGGAGCAACUGAAGUCUCCCAUGGCCGAGUCGCUGGAUGGAGGCUGCUCCAGCAGUUCUGAGGAUCAAGGUGAGAGAGUAAGGCAGCUUAGCGGCCAGAGCACCAGCUCUGACACCACCUACAAGGGUGGCGCUUCAGAGAAAGCUGGCUCCUCGCCGGCACAAGGCACGCAGAACGAGCCCCCACGACUCAGUGCCAGUCCUGCAACAAGAGAAGAGGCUGUCUCACCAGGUGCUAAGGACACGCCACUGUCGUCCGAGGGCAACCCUAAAGUCAAUGAGAAGACAGUUGGUGUGAUCGUCUCCCGGGAGGCCAUGGCAACUCGGGUAGAAAAGCCGGGGGGACAAGAUAAGGGUUGUCCAGAGGACGAUCCCGUGGCUGCUCAAAGGCCGCCCAGCACCAGCGGGGCCAAGGAAACGAGCCAUGCCGCGCUUCCACAACCAGAGCCAGCAGGAGGGAACAAAGGAAACAAGAACAGCGAUAACAACUCCAACCACAACGGAGAGGGAAAUGGCCAGAGCGGGCACUCUGCAGUGGGCCCGAGUUUUACAGGCAGAAGCGAACCCAGCAAAUCUCCUGGAAGCCUGCGCUACAGUUACAAAGAUAGCUUUGGGUCGGCCAUGCCACGGAAUGUCGGUGGCUUUCCUCAGUAUCCCAUGGGGCAAGAGAAGGGGGAUUUCACUGGCCACGGAGAACGGAAGGGCAGAAAUGAGAAAUUCCCUAGCCUCCUGCAAGAGGUGCUUCAGGGGUACCACCACCACCCUGACCGGAGGUAUUCUCGAAGUGCCCACGAGCACCAAGGGAUGGCUGGUGGCCUCGAAGGAGCCUCCAGGCCCAAUGUCUUAGUUAGUCAGACCAAUGAAUUAGCCAGCAGGGGCCUUCUGAACAAAAGCAUCGGGUCCCUGUUAGAGAGCCCGCACUGGGGCCCCUGGGAGAGGAAAUCCAGCAGCUCGGCCCCCGAAAUGAAGCAGAUCAAUUUGGCUGACUAUCCAAUUCCCCGCAAGUUUGAAAUAGAGCCCCAGUCAUCCGCACAUGAGCCUGGGGGCUCUCUCUCUGAAAGAAGAUCGGUGAUCUGUGACAUAUCUCCAUUAAGGCAGAUUGUCAGAGACCCAGGGGCUCAUGCCCUGGCACACAUGGGUGCUGACACCAGAAUAGGGAGGAGUGAGCGUCUCAAUCCAAGCCUAAGUCAGUCCGUCAUUCUUCCAGGUGGAUUGGUGUCCAUGGAAACCAAGCUGAAGUCCCAGAGUGGGCAGAUCAAAGAGGAAGACUUCGAACAAUCCAAAUCCCAAGCUAAUUUCAGCAGCAAGAAAUCUGGAGACCACUGCCAUCCUACCAGCAUUAAGCAUGAGUCUUAUCGAGGUAACGCCAGUCCUGGAGCGGCAACCCAUGACCCCAUCUCAGACUAUGGGCCUCCACAAGAGAGCAGGCCCACACCGAUGCGGCGGGUCCCUGGCAGAGUUGGUGGCCGGGAGGGGAUGAGAGGUCGGUCCCAUUCUCAGUAUCACGACUUCUCCGAAAAAUUGAAGAUGUCUCCUGGGAGGAGCAGAGGUCCAGCAGGGGACUCUCAUCACAUGAACCCACAUAUGACCUUCUCAGAGAGGGCCAACAGGAGCUCCCUGCACGCUCCUUUUUCUCCCAACUCGGAAAGCCUGGCCUCUGCUUAUCACGCCAAUGCUCGGGCUCAUGCUUACGGAGACCCAAGCGUAGGCUUGAAUUCUCAGCUCCAUUACAAGAGGCAGAUGUACCAACAGCAGCAAGAGGAGUAUAAGGACUGGAGCAGCAGUUCUGCCCAAGGGGUCAUUGCUGCCGCCCAGCACAGGCAGGAGGGGCCACGCAAGAGCCCGAGGCAGCAACAGUUUCUCGACAGAGUCCGGAGCCCUCUGAAAAAUGACAAAGAUGGUAUGAUGUAUGGCCCACCAAUGGGGACUUACCAUGAUCCCAGUGGUCAGGAAGCCGGGCGCUGCCUCUUGUCCAGUGAUGGUCUGCCUAGCAAAGGCAUGGAAUUGAAGCACUGCUCCCAGAAGUUGCAAGAGUCUUGCUGGGAUCUUUCUCGGCAGACUUCUCCAGCCAAAAGCAGUGGUCCUCCAGGAAUGUCCAAUCAAAAAAGGUACGGCCCGCCCCAUGAGAGUGAUGGGCAUGGGCUCCCGGAGUCUGCACAGUCGUCUAAACCUAGUAAUGUGAUGCUAAGACUGCCAGGUCAAGAGGAUCAUUCUCCUCAAAACCCCUUAAUCAUGAGGAGGCGUGUCCGCUCUUUUAUCUCUCCCAUUCCCAGUAAAAGACAGUCGCAAGAUGUGAAAAAUAGUAACACUGAAGAUAGAGGGCGCCUCCUUCCCUCAUCAAAGGAAGGCACUGAGAAAGCAUUCAAUUCCUACGCCCAUCUUUCUCACAGCCAGGAAAUGAAGGGUAUUCCGAAGAGAGACUCCUCCAGGGACCUCACCGGUCCAGAUCAUCGGAAUUGCCCUGCUGUCACCCUCACAAGCCCUGCUAAGACCAAAAUACUGCCCCCUCGGAAAGGACGGGGGUUGAAGUUGGAGGCAAUUGUUCAGAAGAUCACAUCCCCAAACAUCAGGCGCAGCGCGGCCUCGAACAGCAUCGAAGCUGGGGGAGACACAGUGACUCUGGAUGACAUCCUGUCUCUGAAGAGUGGCCCUCCGGAAGGCACCAGUGCUGCUGUCCAGGAAGCCGAGGGGGAGAAGCGAAAAGGUGAGGCAGUGCCUGACCUAAUCAGCCCAACCAGCCAGGAGCUGAGCACCGAAAAGCCUCUUCCCAGGUCCUCCGAAGAGUGGCGUGGCAGCGGGGAUGACAAAGUGAAGACAGAGACGCAUCCUGAAACGGUCACUGCCGGAAAGGAACUCCCCGGUGCCAUGGCAUCGUCAACCUCACAGAAGCCCGGCAGUAACCAAGGGCGACCAGAUGGGUCCCUGGGUGGGCCAGCGCCUUUCAUCUUUCCUGACUCAAAGAAUGUAUCUCCAGCGGGUGUCCUAGCCCCUGAGGUGAACCCCAAGGCUGAAGAGAAAGAGAGCGAGCCAGUGACAAUUUCACCGAAACAGGAGGGCUUCCCCCCUAAGGGAUAUUUCCCAUCAGGAAAGAAGAAGGGGAGACCCAUUGGUAGUGUGAAUAAGCAGAAGAAGCAACAGCAGCCCCCUCCUCCGCCCCCUCCGCCCCCUCAGUUACCACCAGGCUCUGCCGACGGAGAGCCAAAGCCAAAAAAGCAGAGGCAGAGGAGGGAGAGGCGGAAGCCGGGGGCCCAGCCGCGGAAGCGGAAAACCAAGCAAGCUGUUCCCAUCGUUGAGCCCCAAGAGCCUGAGAUCAAGCUGAAGUACGCCACCCAGCCACUGGAUAAAACCGAUGCCAAGAACAAGUCUUUUUUCCCUUAUAUCCACGUAGUAAACAAGUGUGAACUCGGAGCCGUGUGUACAAUCAUUAAUGCUGAAGAAGAAGAACAGACCAAAUUGGUGAGGGGCCGGAAGGGUCAGAGGUCGCUGACCCCUCCACCCAGCAGCACCGAAAGCAAGGCUCUCCCGACCUCGUCCUUUAUGCUGCAGGGGCCUGUGGUGACAGAGUCUUCUGUUAUGGGGCACCUGGUAUGCUGUCUGUGUGGCAAAUGGGCCAGUUACCGGAACAUGGGCGACCUCUUUGGACCCUUUUAUCCCCAAGAUUAUGCAGCCACUCUCCCGAAGAACCCACCUCCCAAGCGAGCCACAGAAAUGCAGAGCAAAGUGAAGGUGCGGCACAAAAGUGUUUCCAACGGCUCCAAGACGGACACUGAGGAGGAGGAAGAGCAGCAGCAGCAGAAGGAGCAGAGGAGCCUGGCUGCCCACCCCAGGUUCAAGCGGCGGCACCGCUCGGAAGACUGUGGCGGAGGCCCUCGGUCACUGUCCAGGGCCCUCCCUGGUAAGAAAGCACCCACUGAGGGCAGCGGCGGCGAAAAGACUGCUUUGGACUCAAAACCCGGUGUGCCCACCGCUUCAGAAGGUGGCCCUGAGCUGGAGUUACAAAUCCCUGAACUACCUCUUGACAGCAAUGAAUUUUGGGUCCACGAGGGGUGUAUUCUCUGGGCCAAUGGAAUCUACCUGGUCUGCGGCAGGCUCUACGGCCUGCAGGAAGCGCUGGAAAUAGCCAGAGAGAUGAAAUGUUCCCACUGCCAGGAGGCAGGCGCCACCUUGGGCUGCUACAACAAAGGCUGCUCCUUCCGGUACCAUUACCCGUGUGCCAUUGAAGCAGAUUGUUUGCUACAUGAAGACAACUUCUCGCUGAGGUGCCCCAAGCACAAGCCUCCCCUCCCAUGCCCGCUCCCCCUGUUGCAGAACAAGAGCGCAAAAGGCAGCCUCAGCACAGAGCAGUCGGAGCGGGGCUGAGGGGCCGUGGCUCGCAGGAACGAGAGUCCAGCAAGCACAGGUGAGACUGUGGAGGUGAGAGGUGGUGGACCCUCGAUGGGAUGGAGACCUCACUGGCCUGCGCAGCCACCCCACCCCCACCCCAUGUGCCUGCCCGCCAGCACUUCCUCCUCAGCUCUGCAUCACACUCACUGGGACACCCAGAAAGAGACUCAAGAAGUUGGAAUGGCUGUUUCCAUGGACACAAUCUCCAUAGUGACAAUUGGG